GUAGUUACUGCUGAGAGAAGAAAGGGAAGAAGCUCUAACAGUGCAGACUGUUUAACCUGAAGCUCCGAGGACUAAACCACACACCAGACUCCAUCUACACCCAAAAAACCUUUUAGUAACAACAACGGAAACCGCGGACAGUAAUGGCGCCCCCUCUGCUCCUCCUGUUAACGUCUGAGUGAGAACAUAACGGAUGCCAAGACUGCUGUCAACAUGGAGACGUCGUCGAGUCCCAGGAACACUUUCAGUAUGCAGUGCUGCAGCUGUGAGAGCCCCUCCUCCUCCUGCUGGUGUGUGGACUGUAAUGAAGCUCUGUGUGACGCCUGUUUGUUGGCUCAUCGCAGAGUCACACUCACCAGGUCUCACCAGAUCCUCAACAAGCCGCCUACAGCAGUGGUCCCAUUGUUGCCCACCAAGUUCUGUAAAGUCCACCCCUCCGAGCCGCUCAAAAUCUUCUGCUUCACCUGUCAGCAGCUCACCUGCCGGGACUGUCAGCUCGUCACUCACAUGAACCACAGGUAUCAGUUUGUCAACGAGGCGCUGGACAAACUGAAGAGGCAGAUGGACAUCUUGUUUCAGCCUAUCAGAGUACAGAAUGAGAUGGUGGGGCGGAGCCUGCGGGACAUGGAGACCAGGCUCCAGGACAUCGCAGAAAGUGAAGCUCAGCUGCAUAAUGAGCUGCAACAGGCUCACAAAGUCCUGACUCAGCAUAUCAAGAACAGGAUGCAGGAGAUCUUCAACAAGAUCAAGAGCGUCAGUGAGAAUGAGAGCCAGCAGAUCAGGGCGCGGAUGGCGAUGCUGAAACGACAGCAGGAGCAACGACAGCGGCUAGCGGAAACAGCAGAAGCAGUCAAAAACACCAGAGACCUGGAGAAGAUGCUGAGGUUCAGCUCCCAGGUUCAGGCUAUCCUGAAGAAAGUCCAGGAUCAGGAUUUGUCUCCUCCUUCCAACAUGUUCCAGCUGAGAGUGACAACAGACGCACCCGCUCUGGAAGCCCUUUUACAGUUUGGUAAUCUUCAGGUGUUAUCGGUCCCUUUUGCAGUUAAUCCACCUGCCAGUCAGAAUACCGGCGCUUCAUCUGCCCUCACAGUUACGCCUUUCUCCAGCAAUUCCCCCACUGCAGGCUCCCUGGACAAGCCUUUAACCACCUCUCUGGCCUGCUCCUCCACCUCCUCUGUGCUGGUUCAGAGGCAGACAUCGGGGGACUUGGGAACAAAUAGAACAAAUCUGACACCAGAAAGUCAACCCCAGCCUGCCGGGACAUCAUUAGUCCUGCAGACUGUUGCACCAUCCAACAAUGUCCUCCAAGUGCUCCAGCCCCCACUUGUUGUGAACCAGCAGACUGCCCCCUCUCAGAACCAGCCUGCUAUCGUCCAGCUGACCGAAGCUCGAACUGUGUACCAGGUGUCUAACUUAAAGACGCCCUUUGCCCUGGCCCAGCCCUCUAUGCUGCUAACUCAGAAUUCAUCUCAGUCCCAAUCUGGAAUAACUUGGUCCAGUAAGAGUGUGAUGAGAAAAGAAAGCAUAGUAAAUCAGCAGGUUGGUGACGGUAAUCAUGCAGUCCUUUGGAUGGGAACAUCUGCAGGACCAAAUCCCUGUCUGCCACAACAACCAAAACCUAACACCCAGCUGGCUGUCCCUCUACAGAACCUGAUGAUCAACCGCCAAACACUGCCUGCCCCCAGUUUUUCAGGAAACCACCAAGCAUUUCCAGUCACCACACAAACUCUGCCAAACCAAUCCCUGCUGGCUUACUUUCAGAAGCAUAAACAAACUUUAGACCAACAACCCACAGUACUCCACAACCAAACAUCAGAUACACAAACGUUACUAGACAACAAAGCAACACCAGAUCAUCAACCAUUGCCACUCAACAUUAUACAAGUGGUUGUAGGUGGCACACAAACCCCAGACCAGCAGCCAUCGCUGACAGACCAGCCAUUGCUGGAUCACAAACAAGCACUAGACAGACAAACAUCAUUAGAUAACACUCAAACAUCAGCUAAACAAACACUGUUUGACAGCCAGCAAACACCAAACCAGGGACUGUUGCCAGUCCACAAACAAACACCACACCAGGGACCAUUGCCAGUCCACAAACAAACACCACACCAGGGACCAUUGCCAGUCCACAAACAAACACCACACCAGGGACCAUUGCCAGUCCACAGACAAACACCACACCAGGGAUCGUUGCCAGUCCACAAACAAACACCACACCAGGGACCAUUGCCAGUCCACAGACAAACACCACACCAGGGAUCGUUGCCAGUCCACAAACAAACACCAAACCAGGAACCAUUGCCAGUCUGUAGAGAAAAACCAGACCACCAUCCAUUGCUGCAAUCAAUGCUGGAUAACAAAAACACACCAGACAUAAAAACAUUAUCAGAUAAACAAACUGCAAACCGAAAGCCAUUGCCAGUCCACAAACAAACACCAGACCAACAACCAUUCCCAGUCCAUAGAGGAACACUAGACCAGCAUCCAUUGCCAGUCCACAAACAAACACCAAACCAGGAACCAUUGCCAGUCCAUAGAGAAAAACCAGACCACCAUCCAUUGCUGCAAUCAAUGUUGGAUAACAAAAACACACCAGAAAUAAAAACAUUAUCAGACAAACAAACUGCACACCAAAAACCAUUGCAGGUCAACAAACAAACACAAGACCACCAGCCGUUGCCGGUCCGCAAGCUAACAGCAGACAAGCAGUCAGUCAUGAGCUACACAUCGUUUGAACAGCUUGUAACUGGAGACCACAAGCAAACAGUGGACAACCAACCAAGUCCAGAAAACCUGUCAUUUUGGAACUGCAAACAAACACCAGGCAACCAGCAGUUGUCCAUGAAUCAAACAUUGCCGCCCCACAGACAGUCACUGGAUGAAGAACCAUUGCCAGCUCAUGAACAGUCAUCAGAUGAGGAACCAACGCCAGGCUUCAUAAUACUCAAACACCAGCCAUUGCCAGAUGUUACAGAGAUGUCACCACAGCGGGGGGAAACGUCUCCUGAUAUCAGCCCUCAGUUCUCACCCCAACAGCCCAUCUCUGAUACCAGCCCCUGCUCCUCUGAGAAACCCCAUCAGCCCAGUCCUGUGGUGAAGGCGGUGGCAGACUCAGCCUGUGACAGUGGUGUACAGCUGGUGACGCCGUGGCAGCCGGAGCCUGCCGAGAACGAGCCGACCUCCACCAUGUCUGAAGAACAGGAGCCUUUAGAGGACCCUCCUUCACCAGAUGUAAUAGAAAUAGACGCUGAGGAACAGAGCUAUGACAUCGAAUGCCCGGACUUCAAAAUGAGCCAAUGGCAGCCCAGAGUUUCUCUGUACAGACUCCCCUUGGCGCCUUCCCACCCUGGCGGGCCCCUCCCUCAGUUUCGUCUGGUUGCUGGUGAUGCUGAAGACGAGUUUUAUUUGGAAGAAAUCAAUGAGGAUUCAGAGUCUGACGAUGAUGACAUCCCAGAAGAGUACAUGGAGCCGCUGUCGUCUCCAGACUCUCCUCUGACCCUGCAGACCGUCGGCUGCGCCGCCUGCGGGUCGGCCAACGCGUCGAUCAUCUGCUCUGCGUGUGGUCGAGGGUACCACGGAGACUGUCACAUUCCUCCUGUUGGCUGUGACAUCUGGAUGGAGUGGACCUGUUCACUGUGUCAGGACCUGUUGGACCCCUUAGACCCCUACAGUUCUGACAGACCACCACGACCUCAGGGUGUCUGUCUCAGUCUCCAGGAACAGAGGAAGUGUGAAAACCUGCUGCUCCACCUAAAGGUUGAAGGCUGCAGUCGACUGUCAAAGAUGGAGUCUGUUUGGUCUCGUCUGAUAGCGAUGUCAGAGCGUCUGACACAUCAGAGCCCACAGGUGUACCUGACGUCUGCAGAGCUGCUCUAUGACAUCUGGAGGCUGUUCAAAGAUGCUGUACAGGUCAACAGCUCCGUUAACGACCUGCAGGACAGUUUCCAGAGCAGAGUGGCAGAAACGUUCCGCCCAAAACUUCCUGCUCAGGGGGGGGAGAAACAGACCGAUUCUCACAUCACAUCUGACGAGGCCAUGAUGUCACCUGGAGGAGAUCAGGGGGAGGAGCCAGAGGGUCAGGGGGAGGUGGAGGAGGAUGAGGAGGAGGAGGAGGAGGAGGAGGAGGAGGAGGAGGUUGACUUUGACAUCAGGAAGAUGAAGAAGAGGCUCAAAGACCUUCUUGAGAGGAAGGAAGCCAAGAGGAGGAGGAUGGACGACGUGACUCCGCCUCCUUCAGAGCCACAUGAAGAAGGCCUCUCAGCCCCCAGUAACACUAACUGUGACAUCAUCAUCACAUGAAUUCAGGGAGUUGAAGUCUGAACAGCGUUGACCUUGGACUGGUCCUGGUCUGACAUUUUUCUGUCAUAUUGUGAAUUUAUUUUUGUCUCAUUUAUAAUUAAAAAACUCAAGUGAAUGUUUUUUUUUACUUCAGCUGAUAUUAAAAACAGCUUUAUUGACAAUAAUUCAGCUGACAGUCUGCAUUGUUUCUAUGAAGAAGACUAUGGAGUCUGUCUGUUCUUGCACUUAAAUGCAACAAACACCCAGGGACUCUAGACUGGUGAGUUUACCUCCACCAGUCCACUCAGUCCAUGCCAGGCCUGAGGACUCAGACUCAUACUCUAGUAUGAUGUUAGCUUCUAAUGAUAUCUCCACCACAUUGGAAAUGAGGGAAACCUUCUGAGAAUCAAAGGUUUGAAUUGAAUAUGAGGAUGUAGUCAAGGGGCCAUCUCUGUAGUCCUCCUCUAAUCUGGACUUUAUUGCAGAGACAAGCCUUUCCUCACUGCAAAACCACAACACACCUUUGACGACUCCACAUAAAAGACCAAGAAGGUCUCCAUCUCUCCUCUCCUCCAUAAAGUCCAGAUCAGUGGAGGGCUGCAGGGAUGGUUCUCCUUCCAGAACUUUGUCCCAUCACCUCCAGGAUCUCAGAGUGACCAUCAGGUUCUUGGUCUCCUCACUCACUAAGGUCCUUUUGCCCCCGAUGGCCACCGGCUCUAGAAGGGUCCUGGUUGGUCCAGACUUCUUCAUGUGAGAAUUCUGGAGGCCACUGUUCUCUUGGGAACCUACAGAGCCCCAGACAUGACAUGGUCAAAAAAAAAAAAUUAAAUUGCGGCCAAAAUGUAGCUGUAACAUGCGCAGAAA